CGAAUCAGAAUCAAAAUCUCUCUGAAAACCCUAGCCCUAAAUUUCUCAAGCCCUCUCUUUCUUCUUCGAAAGCCUUUCCGUUUUCGAUCAGUGGCGGAAGCUCAGAUGGCCGAUGCGGCGGAGACCUUCGCGUUCCAGGCGGAGAUCAACCAGCUCCUGAGUUUGAUCAUCAACACUUUCUACAGCAACAAGGAGAUUUUCCUGCGCGAGCUCAUCAGCAAUUCAUCCGAUGCUUUGGAUAAGAUUAGAUUUGAGAGCCUCACUGACAAGAGCAAGCUUGAUGCUCAGCCGGAGCUCUUCAUCAGGCUCGUUCCGGAUAAGACCAACAAUACUCUCUCCAUUAUUGAUAGCGGAAUCGGCAUGACCAAAGCAGAUUUGGUGAACAACUUGGGAACAAUUGCAAGGUCUGGAACCAAGGAGUUUAUGGAAGCAUUGGCUUCUGGAGUAUCUGAUGUGAGCAUGAUUGGACAGUUUGGUGUUGGUUUUUACUCGGCGUAUCUUGUUGCUGAGAAGGUGAUUGUGACUACGAAGCACAAUGAUGAUGAGCAAUAUAUUUGGGAAUCCCAAGCUGGUGGUUCUUUUACUAUUACAAGGGAUGUCAGUGGCGAGCAGCUUGGCAGGGGAACCAAGAUCACUCUAUUUCUCAAGGAGGAUCAGUUGGAAUACUUGGAAGAGAGGAGAAUUAAGGAUCUUGUGAAGAAGCACUCCGAAUUUAUCAGCUAUCCCAUCUAUUUGUGGACUGAGAAGACAACCGAAAAGGAGAUCAGUGAUGAUGAAGAGGACGAACCAAAGAAAGAAGAGGAAGGAGCUAUUGAGGAAGUUGAUGAGGAUAAGGAGAAAGAAGCAAUAAAGAAGAGGAAGAUCAAGGAAGUUUCUCAUGAGUGGGAACUCAUCAACAAACAGAAACCUAUCUGGCUGCGCAAGCCUGAGGAAAUCACCAAGGACGAAUAUGCCUCAUUCUAUAAGAGUUUGACUAAUGAUUGGGAGGACCAUCUUGCGGUGAAGCACUUCUCUGUGGAAGGACAGCUUGAAUUCAAAGCCAUUCUCUUUGUUCCAAAGAGGGCUCCAUUUGACCUCUUUGAUAACAAGAAGAAGAUGAAUAAUAUCAAGCUUUAUGUGAGGAGGGUGUUUAUAAUGGACAACUGUGAGGAGCUGAUUCCCGAGUACCUUGGAUUUGUUAAGGGUGUUGUGGACUCUGAUGACUUGCCACUCAACAUUUCUCGUGAGAUGCUCCAACAGAACAAGAUUUUGAAGGUGAUCAGGAAGAACAUUGUGAAGAAGUGCAUUGAGAUGUUCAAUGAGAUUGCGGAAAACAAAGAAGAUUACACCAAGUUUUAUGAGUCAUUCUCCAAGAACUUGAAGUUGGGUAUCCAUGAGGACAGUCAGAACAGAACAAAAUUGGCUGACCUUCUUCGCUACCACUCCACAAAAAGCGGUGAGGAACUUACUAGCCUGAAGGACUAUGUUACUAGAAUGAAGGAGGGUCAGAAGGACAUUUUCUACAUCACUGGUGAGAGUAAGAAGGCUGUGGAGAACUCUCCGUUUUUGGAGCGCCUCAAGAAGAAAGGAUACGAAGUACUUUUCAUGGUGGAUGCAAUUGAUGAGUAUGCUGUGGGACAGUUGAAGGAGUAUGAUGGCAAGAAGUUGGUGUCUGCCACCAAGGAAGGACUCAAGCUUGAUGACGAAACAGAAGAAGAGAAGCAGAAGAAGGAGGAAAAGAAGAAGUCUUUUGAAAACCUCUGCAAGACCAUCAAGGAUAUUUUGGGAGAUAGAAUUGAGAAGGCUGUUGUAUCCGACAGAAUUGUGGAUUCGCCUUGCUGCUUGGUUACUGGUGAAUAUGGCUGGACUGCAAAUAUGGAGAGGAUCAUGAAGGCUCAGGCUCUCAGAGACAACAGCAUGGGCUCAUAUAUGUCUAGCAAGAAGACAAUGGAAAUUAACCCUGACAAUGGCAUCAUGGAGGAGUUGAGGAAGAGGGCCGAGGCUGACAAGAAUGAUAAGUCUGUUAAGGACCUUGUGCUGCUGCUGUUUGAGACUGCUCUCUUGACUUCUGGUUUCAGCUUGGAUGAUCCCAACACUUUUGCAUCAAGAAUCAACAGAAUGUUGAAGCUGGGUCUCAGCAUUGAUGAAGAUGAAGCUGCUGUUGAAGACGCAGACAUGCCAGAGUUGGAGGAUGCUGCUGAGGAGAGCAAGAUGGAGGAGGUGGACUAAGUUUUUGGAUGUGUCAGUGAUUUUGUGGAUGUUUUGGGCAUCUGAAGUUGAUGUAAUUCCAUUAUUCCAGUCUUUUGUUAGGGUAUUUUGUCUUCUCUCUCUUAAGCUUCUUAUUUGUGAACUAUGUUUUAACU